CUUUGUUUAUGUUCACGAUUGUCUCGUUUGAUGCGGUACUAUAUUCCUGGUUCUGGAAAAGAUUCGUGUUGAUUUUCAAAUAUAAUAUUAAUUUAUACUAUUAAAAAUGAGUAUACUCUCAUACAAUGGUGGAGCUAUAAUUGCUAUGAAAGGAAAAAAUUGUGUAGCAAUAGCUGCCGAUCGUAGAUUUGGUAUUCAAGCCCAAACUGUAACUUGUGACUUUCAAAAAAUAUAUGAAAUGGGCCCUCAUUUAUACGUUGGACUUCCUGGACUCAGUACCGAUAGCCAAACAGUGAUGGAAAGACUGCGUUUCCGCUUAAAUUUAUAUGAACUCAAAGAAAAUAGAAAGAUUCAUCCUAAAACGUUUGCUGCUAUGAUAUCAAAUCUAUUGUACGAAAGAAGGUUUGGGCCAUAUUUUAUAGAACCAAUUGUCGCUGGUUUGGAUCCUGUUACAUUUGAACCAUUUAUUUGUAAUAUGGAUCUGAUAGGUGAUUUAAACAUACCAGAUGAUUUUGUAGUUGGUGGAACAUGUGCAGAACAAUUAUAUGGUAUGUGUGAAUCAUUAUACGAAUCCAAUUUGGAAGCAGAUGAACUUUUCGAAACAAUUAGUCAAGCUUUAGUUAAUGCGUUUGACAGAGAUGCAAUGUCUGGUUGGGGUGCUAUCGUCCAUAUUAUCGAAAAAGAUAAAGUCACCACGAGAACCAUUAAGACACGUAUGGAUUAAAAUAUUUUUUUAUCAUUAUUUUAUGUUUAAAUCAACACAGAAUUAUUCUAAUUAUUGUAAUAGUUAAGCUAAUACAAGCGAUUACAACAAAAGUAAUUUUCAAUAAACUGCCACUAAAA